AUAUCCGUUUACAUAAUCUCUUCUAUGCGACAACACCUCCAUUCAUCCCACGUUAACACCUAUAUCUCUACGAAUCCGUACCUAUUUUCCCCUACCUACGGCCUAGCACUCUCAGUGAGAGUGUACGAGACGAACCAAUUACCACGAUCCCGUAGACGUUGGCGGAUGGGAUAGUCCUAGGAUCUGGCAAGGGGCCAUACGCUAUUGCCAUAAGGCAACUAUCGGAUACUUAGUAGGAAGUGUAGGACGUGUAGGAACCAUGGCAGACUUCGACAGGAACGUGCUGGAAUUCUACCAGCUGUCUACACCAUUCCCCACCGAAUGGCCGACGGAGAAGGAUAACAAGAGCGACGAGUCAGAUAGUGAACUGGAACAGAAGAAGCGGAAAAUCAAUCGGAGAAAGUCUCGAUACCAAGCACUCGAACGAGCUGUCAGCAAUAGAGCCAGUAUUAUCCAAGGAUCUGAGAAAUCAGCAAAUGGGGUGAACAACUUGGUCCAGAAGGACGAGCCUGACCCGUUAGGGACAUCGGAUAGUGUCGUGAGAACGUUGAAGCAAUUGGGAGUGCCGGUUCAAGAUGAUAUCCGCCUGCGGAAUCGUUUUCUCCUAUCAUCUACGAGCUUCUCUCCUGCCUUGUUCCUAUCCCAAAUGCAUGCGACUGCCGAUACCCAAUCCCUAUUAAACGGUCUCGAAGUGCUAUCCAAAUCCAUUGACCAGAAAUCUGCAUCCCUGAAAGUCCUUGUCGAGUCCAAUUUCGAGAGAUUUGUUCGAGCCAAGGCUACAAUUGACAAUGUCUACAAAGAAAUGAAGUAUAGGGGCGUUGAACCUCCAUCCCCCACCAUUCGCGCCCGUGGCCAUUCCCGACAUGCUAGUAGGAGUAGUUUCAGGAACAGCCAGGGUGGCGCUGCUCUUGGGCCAAAUCCAUUGGUAUCUCCUGUCCCCGAUAUCACCAAAAAGAAGAACGCAUUGAUCAAAGAGAGUGAUUAUGGAGUCAUGGGUAUCAAGACGCCCUUGCUAGACGUCGCGGCGAAGGCCGAAGAUGUGUGGGGUCCGGCGCUUGGUGGCCGGGAGAAAGAGGAGAAUCUCAAGACCGUUUCAACCUCACUUGAUCGUUAUAAAGAAUAUAUUGAAGCAAGUUCUAAUAUUGCCGAAAGUAUUAAGAGAAAAGAUUAUGAGGCCUUGGUAGAGGAGUAUGUGCGCGCCCGAAGGUUCGCGGAUGAAGCGCGCAAACUUGUUGAAGAAUUAGGCUCAACACCCCCGAGCGAGACGCAAACAUACCAAAUUCUUAUCGCAGCUAGAAUGUGGUAUGACGUCGAGGAACAAAUCCAACUCUUCAAACGCGACGUGUGGAGGAGACUUACCUCGCUCCAUACGGUGAACAGAACAGAAACUCUGGCCGGCCAACCGCAAGACCAACAUAUGGAAUUAAUCGGCUUAUUGCUAGAACUUGGUGUUGAUGACAACCCGAUCUGGGUAUGGCUUUUAAGCAGGUAUGACUAUCUCAAGGGAAAGAUAGCAUCGGCAGGCGAACGUGCAAAGGUUGAGAUCGAAGUACUCAGACGUCGUCUAGCAAACGCUGAAAAGCCAGCACCUCAGAUGAUGGCUUCCCAUCUGAAACACCUUGGUCGACAAUCUGUUGAUGGCAAAGCUACCGGACUGGAUUCCGCUGACGUCAUCGAGCUAUGGGAAAAGAUGCUAGCUUUCUUAUCAAGUCUCCUGUCCGCCCAGGGUAUCCUAGGAGAGGUUAUAGAAUUCUGGCAGACUGUCGAGAGCUUUAUCGAUGGAAAGGCACAGAAGUCCUUACCCACGGGUUACAAUGGCGAAUCCCGUGACCAUCAUCGACUUUCACAGCAGGGAACUGUUGAUUUACAAAAAGGUACCGUUGAACUGGUUGAUAUGAUUCGUACGCAUGUGUUCGAAUUCUUUGCCGGUGCUCCCCCUGAGGAUAUCUCGCUACUCUUCUCUCCAUUACCGCCUUCGCCCGGAACUCCUUUGUCAGCAGGUUUGACACCUACUAAUGCGCGAGACCCUCGUUUCAACUUUGAUGCGAAUAAUCUACCUCCUCCAUCUCCUAAAAGGGGAGAAUCAUGGGAGAAGUUCGCAUUCUGGCCGCCGACUUCCAACUCAGUCAGCGGGGUACACUAUCUAUCCAAGAUGCUUAGCUUAGUGGGUUCUGGCGCAUCCGAGAUGGCGAGCGUGGCUCCCGUCAAGCAACAAGAUGCGAAACAGCUCGAGAUGCUGAGGACCUUGGUCGGCGCUGCGCGCGAGAGGUCCGUUACGGCGUUGUGCGCCGCGUGGAAUAAGGACGCCGAAAACAUUAAGUAUGUCGAAGAUUGGAAGCGCACCAAGGAGAUGGGAGACGUCACGCGCAUGCCGGCGAGUUUCGCAUCAUUCGAAGGCGCCUUGCUCUCAGGGAUGCAGAAGAUCCUCUACAUCCCAGAGGCAAUGGCUAAGUCUGGCUCCGGGGAUAUCGUCCUCGCGCCGCCGACGAAACUCCUACAGAUGGUGCGAAGUCAGUAUGUCACGACGCUCUACAAGGCACUCAGCGGAAUGGUCGAAAAUGCGGAGCGCGCGGUUAAGAAGGCGGAUGAUGAAUGGACUACCGAUGCGGACUUAGUUGUCGGAUCCGCCAGCGAUAGGGCGUCCCUGCUCGUUGGCUCGGGGGCCGUCGACGCUGGUGACAGAAACGUCCGUAUGCUCUUAACCCUCGGCAACCUUCACGCCUUGCGCACCAAAGUCGUGCCCAACCUAAACGGCCAGUUCGAGAACGCCUUCUCCGUCAAACUAACCGACGAAUCUAAAACCAUCAAGGACGUACUCGGCCAAAUUGACGCCCGUCUCUUCCAGACGUACACGCGCCCCUCUCUAGACGCCCUGCGCAAAAUCAUCCGCGCCGGCCUCGCGGACCCUAAGUGGGCGCCGCCCAAGCCAUCGGAAGUCAAGCCGUACGUCUACGAGGCCCUCCUCACGCUCGUGCUGGUACACACGCAAGUAUCCACGACGGCGCCGAGCAUGACGCACCAGGUGAUCUCGUACCUGCUGGAGCAGAUCAGCCGCGAGCUUCUCGAGAGCCUGAAAGCAAGGCCCAAGUUCGACCUCGGCGCGCUCAUGCAGGCGACGUUGGACGUGGAGUUCUUCGCGCAGACGCUCAGCCAGUACACGACGGAGCGCGCGUCCGGCAUCCAGGGCGAGAUCUACUCGAUGCUCGACAGCAAGACGGAUAACACGGCCCGCGCCAGGCUCCAGGACGAGCUGCCCGGCAUGCGCGAGGUCCUGAAGAAGCUUAGGGAGCAGAGCAGGAGCGAGUUCGCGUGCUUUAAGAGGCCGAGGCGCAACGGCGCGGGCAGCGGUGGAGGAGGAGGUGGUGCUGGUGGGGUGCCGAGUGUUGGGCCCGGGACCCUGGAACGUACGGCGACGGGCUAGGCGCUUGUUAGACGGCGUACGGGGGUGGGGAGGAAAGGGAGUGGUGCGAGUCUUAUUGGGAGAGAGGGAGACGGAGAAGGAGGAGAAGGAGGUGAGGAUGGAGAUGGGGAUGGAGAUUAUAGGAUCGCCGGGUUUCUCAGUCCGCAGCGGUUCGUGGCGGCUAGGCCCCCGAUUCAACUCCCCCUGCUGGCGGAUAUCGAAGCGUAUGUGCUCGAGUUCAGGCUCAGGGCUUGGAAGUUGGGAGAUAAUUUGUAGGUACUGAGUUGUGGGGAGGAUGAAGAGGAAGAAUGAAGUGUGAAGUGUGAAGUAGAGAGAAAAGGGGAAGGGAAAGAGGAGAAGAGAGAAGAGUGGAAGGAGUGUAAAAGCUGGAAAGUAGAAGGGAGGAGAAAGAUGAGGAUGGUGAAAGAUUAGGACAUUACACAUAGGACAUAAGAUAUAAGACAGGCAUUGUUGUAGUCUUGGAGCUGAGCAGGUACAUUAUGAAUGAGAUAAUCGCGAUUGCAACAAAGGCUUUACAUCGGUUGCUUGGUGUUUGGUUAAGUUAGUAGAUGGACUGUUUAUGAAGGAAUGUAAAGUCCAUGCGAU